AUGUCUACUACCAAGAACGCGAAAGGAAAUCGAGUCGAGUACCACUACUGGGACUAUAGUUUCGAGUGGACUGAUGAGCAUCGCCCUGCGAGCGAGUUCGAGUCUUGGAUUCACAGUUGCGAUGGCCUUGCCGAUGAGUGCAAUCAGAUCUUGAACGACUUACCUGCCCCUGUCGACGAUGAAGGUGGCAAUGUUUCCAAGCGAGACCGAUAUGCACUUUUGACAGGGAAUCGUGAAAAAGACCCGAAGCUCGAGGAACUGUGGAACCAGAUCAAUACGGUUCCCGAGUGGGUGAACUGGGCACAGAUUCAACGUGGCCAAGAUGUAUAUUGGCGAUAUAUGCUUCCUAUCAUGAACUCGCUCACAUAUAAUAGCUUACUCGGUGGAAUGGGAGCCAUUCGUGUGGGAGAAACAUUAUCACGGACUGGCGGGUUCAGCGCCACUGUCGUUCGUCGCCGACUACUAGAGACCGCCCAACAUGCAUUCCAAGUGAACAGCUCUGUGGACAGCAUGAAGCCAGGAGGAGCCGGGCAUCUCGCGUGUGUUCGAGUCCGGCUCCUUCAUUCAACCGUCCGUCUCAAGAUCAUGAGCCUGGUGGAGCGAGACCCAAGUUACUACGAUGUCCAAAAAUACGGCUUGCCCAUCAACGACCUGGACGCCUUUGCUACUAUCAAUACGUAUAGCAGCACCGUUAUCUGGCUAGGGCUUCCGCGUCAGGGGAUACACCUCAGCAACCAAGAAAUGGAGGAUUACAUCGCUUUAUGGCGCCUGGUAGCCUGGUAUAUGGGCGCCCCAGCCGAGCCCUUUGAAAGUGCAGCCAAGGCAAAAAUCUGGUCCGAGUCUCUGCUCAUCAAUGAAUUUGCCCCGACCGAUACUGGAAGGAUCCUUGCAAAGAACAUCGUAAUAGGAAUGGAAAAUACCGCUCCUACAUAUGCCUCGAAAGAAUUCAUGGACGCCUUAGCCCGGUUACUGAACGGCGAUCAGCUUUCGGAUGAGCUCCAUAUUCCGCAAACGAGUCUGUACUAUCGUAUGCUGAUGUGGGGAUACUGUCUUUCGGUGAAGUUACAGGCCAAAGCACUACCAAACAUUGGCUUUAUUGAGAAAUAUGUUUUUGAAUCUCGCCGUCGGAUGAUGUGGAAGGGUCUUAUGGAUGAAAAACACGGCCUCGGAAAGGAAACAAUCUUCGACUUUAAAUUCGUCCCAAGCCUCAACCGAACUACACACGAGGGGAAGCGGAAAUCCUAUAGGUUUAAGAGGCCCGGUCUUGAGGUCCUGUCCUAUAUGGGUCUCCUUACUGCCUUUGGGAGUGUUGCCGCCCUCAGUACCGCACUUUAUCUGGCAGCAGCAAAGGUUUUGCUUGGGAGUCAAGUUGUGCCAGACUUGAGUUACCUUAUACGUGCUUAG